GUUGCUGCGUCGACGCCGGCUGUGUGGCGAGAGGCGCUUCCGCAGCGUCGCUCCCGGGCUCGGCGGCCCGCGUCCUGUGCACUCUGCUCGCUCCGGGGCCCGUAGCGUGGCCGGGACGACAUGAGCAACAAAGAAGAAGGAUCGGGAGGGUUCAGGAAACGCAAGUAUGACAAUUUCCCACAUAACCAGAGAAGAGAAGGGAAGGACGUUAAUGCCUCUUCACCUGUGAUGGUGGCCUUCAAAUCAUUUCAGCAGGAACUUGAUGCAAGGCAUGACAAGUACGAAAGACUUGUGAAGCUUAGUCGGGAUAUAACUGUUGAAAGUAAAAGAACAAUUUUUCUCCUCCAUAGAAUUACGAGUGCUCCUGAUUUGGAAGAAAUAUUGACUGAAUCGGAAAUUAAAUUGGAUGGUGUCAGACAAAAGAUAUUACAGGUAGCCCAAGAGCUGUCAGGAGAAGACAUGCAUCAGUUCCAUCGAGCGAUCACUAUAGGACUGCAGGAAUAUGUGGAGGCUGUCUCUUUUCAGCACUUCAUCAAAACACGAUCAUUAAUCAGUAUGGAUGAAAUUAAUAAGCAGUUGAUAUUUACAACAGAAGACAAUGGGAAAGAAAAUAAGACUCCCUCCUCUGAUGCACAGGAUAACCAGUUUGGUACUUGGAGACUGAAAGUCACACCUGUUGAUUACCUCCUGGGCGUGGCUGAUUUAACUGGAGAAUUGAUGCGGAUGUGUAUUAACAGUGUGGGGAAUGGGGACAUUGACACCCCCUUUGAAGUGAGCCAGUUUUUACGUCAGGUUUAUGAUGGGUUUUCAUUCAUUGGCAACACUGGACCUUAUGAGGUUUCAAAGAAACUGUAUACCUUGAAACAAAGUCUGGCCAAAGUGGAGAAUGCUUGCUAUGCCUUGAAAGUCAGAGGUUCAGAAAUUCCGAAACACAUGCUGGCAGAUGUGUUUUCAGUUAAAACAGAAAUGAUUGAUCAAGAAGAGGGUAUUUCUUAGAAUAACACAACUUAUUAUUCUCUGGAGAACUCCUUAGAGAGACCAAUUUGUAAGACUGUUAUUUAGUAUUUCAUUUGACUUUAUUGUGGCUUUUACAUAGAAAUGUUUUUAGUUGAACUUGUUUUAAAUUGCAUACAAGCUGUACAUGAAAUGAUCCAAAUGAAUCAUUUCUUAUAUCUUAUUCAUGAAAGUUUGCUUACAAAUGUUUGCAUAUAUGCCUGUUUGAAUUUUUGCUGGUUAACCGUCAUCAUUUAUCUUUGUAAUGUGAACAUGCUUCAGAGUGUGCUUUCUGCCACACCUGUUUUAAUUUACUUUGUGUGAAUUUGAGAGUGGUAGUUUUAGUGGAAGCCAUUUAUAAUUCAAGUUGGUGAUUUGUUAUAUGUAGAAGAGAAUUCUUAAACUUCUGGACUUGAGCUUCCUUUAAGUUUCUUGGUAAUAUUGUGCCAAGCCUCCAACAUAGGCUUAUUCCAUGGAAUAAGAAUUAAAAACUAACAAGCUAUCAAUAUGCUUUAAAUACAAGUUUAUGACGUAUUAUAGUGAGAAUUUAUAUUAUAUUCUGGAUAAUUUUAGGCCAUUUUGAAUUUAUGUGAGAUAGCCGCCCAGAAAAAUUGACAGCUACCCAGAUGUAGUUUCACCAUUUAUUUUUUGUUCUUUAUCACAGAAGAUCUGAUAGGGAAUUGGCGCUAACCUUCUAAUAUUUUCACUGGUGAGGUUGAGUUGAAUAAUAUUCUUGUACAUAUGAUGGAAAAGCUUUUAGUAGUGAUCAUUUAGCAAUUUUUUUGUCAUUAUAUUAGGCAUGUUUGGAGGCUUUCCUAGUCUAGUAUCUAUUAGAAAUUAUAUUUAAAUAAUUAUAGUGAUGUUUUGAAAUACUGAGUUAAUCCAAACCUUUAUAGUUGUCCUGUGGUGUUAUUGACAAAUUAAAGUUGCCAAAGAAAAUUUAUCACAUACAGUUCAGCAAUAAGACAAUUGUCGGCACAGUUGAUAACAGCAGUAACAGUCUGUAGUCAUACUUUGCCUGCUGAACUUACAGAUUAUUACUUGUGCUGUGAAACUCACUUGAGCAUGACACUGUUGGCUGACAACCAGACGUUUCCAAUUGGUUUUCUGAAUUUUAAGAAUCUAGAUACUGGGUUUUAUUUUUGGAAAGAUUAGCUCUAUUUGUAAGGGCUGAUUCUUUGAAAAUGUAAUUUUCCAAAAAAUGUCACCUAAAGGAAAAUAAAACGUAGACAUGCCUAAUAAAUUAGGUUUGUUUGUUUUGGUGAUGGUGGUUUUUUUUUGGUUUUUCUGUUGACUGCUGAAAUGGAGUCGUUCCCGUUACAUAGUUUUUGUUUCUUCUUCCGCAUGAAGUUAAACUUAUUAUGUUAAAAGUAAAAUAAUAAUGGAUCGUUGAAUGUUUUACAGAUGUUUAAAACGGAAUUUUUUUUUUU